AUGUCCGCGGAAACGAACAAGAGAGCGAAACCGAAUGAAACCGUCGUCGAUUCGGCGGCGGCGGCUGUGAAACAUCGCGAGACGAACCUCAUCGCGCGUUUGGUCGACGUCGAGGGCGUCGCGGUCGGUCCCGAGCUCGAUUUACCUCCCGACUGCACGAGUAAGGAGUUGCAGACGCUCUUGAGCUCGUUGUUGCGAGCGCGAGGGGAGGAGGAGGACGAGGCGCGAGCGGAGGCACCGCACGCGUUUUACGUCAACGGCGAGGAAGUAAUUGGCGAGCUCGCGGCGACGCUCGAGCAGUUAAAUGCGAGCGUGGAGAGCGUGGUACAAAUUGUUUUUCAGCCGCAGAGCGUGUUUCGAGUGCGUGCGGUGACGCGAUGCUCGGCGGCCAUUUCGGGACACGCCGAGGCGGUGUUGAGCGUGGCCUUUUCGAGCGACGGGAAAAAUUUGGCGAGUGGGAGUGGGGACACGACGGUGCGAUUAUGGAAUUUGAACACGCAAGGACCGAAGCAUACGCUGCAGGGUCACACGAAUUGGGUGCUGUGCAUCGCCUGGAGUGCGGAUGGGAACUUCUUAGCGAGCGGCUCGAUGGACAACACGGUUCGGUUAUGGGAUCCGACCUCAGGCGAGGCGCGCGGUGGACCGCUCAAGGGACACAAGAAGCACGUCACAGCGAUCGCGUGGGAGCCCGCGCACGUGGCGUACCCCGUCGUUCGCUUUUGCUCGGCCAGCGCUGACGGAUCGGUGCGGGUGUGGGACGCCGUCCGUCGAGUGUGCCUGUUCACCAUGUCGGCGCACACCAAAGCCAUCUCCGCGGUGAAGUGGGGAGGCGAAGGCUUGAUUUAUACCGCAUCUCGCGAUACGACCAUAUACGUAUGGGACGCCACGGAUGGAAAGGUGGUUCGACAGCUGAAAGGACACGCGCACUGGGUCAAUUCCCUGGCGUUGUCGAGCGAAUACGCCCUUCGCACCGGCCCAUACGAUCACACCGGAGCGAAGCCCGAGAAUGACGCUCAAGCCAAGGCUCAGGCGUUGAAGAGAUACAAAGAGGCAACGGGAGGAAAGCCGGAGCGUUUGGUGAGUGGGAGCGACGAUUUCACGAUGUUCAUGUGGGAACCAUCGACGAGUAAGACGCCGCUACAACGUUUGACGGGGCAUCAGCAACUCAUCAAUCACGUCUUGUUCUCGCCAGACGGGAGAUAUUUUGCUAGCGCAUCUUUCGACAAAGGCGUCAAGCUGUGGGAUGGCGCGACGGGAAAGUUUAUCACGUCGUUUAGAGGACACGUCGGUGCGGUGUAUCAACUCGCCUGGUCCGCCGAUAGUCGACUUUUGAUGAGCGCGAGCAAGGAUAGUACUUUGAAGGUGUGGGAUUGCCGAUUGAAGAAGCUGAAGGAGGAUCUUCCCGGCCACGCUGACGAAGUCUACGCGGUCGACUGGAGUCCUUUGGGUGCAAAGGCGGCGAGUGGGGGCAAGGAUAAGAUGCUGAGGUUAUGGAUGCACUAG